AUGAAUAAAUUUCCUCCACUUAACAUCACCGAAGGCACUACGUCAUGGGGCACGCGGUGGGAGGAAGUCACUAUAAAAGCUGAAGGACUGACGUGCAACAGGGAGUUAACUCACGCCUCUGACAUGAAUCUCCUUAUAGUGACAACAGCGACUCUCCUGGCUUCCUGCAGCUCAGCGAAGCUUGGCGGAGGUCAUGGCAAUGCGGGGAGAUCCUUUGGCGGAGGAGCUGCGUUCGCUGGCGGUCAUGGUCCUUCAGGCAUCGUCAGUACGGGGUACCUCACGCCUGCUACUGGAGGACAUGGCGUCCCUGGGGCCACUGGAAUUCAUCAUGGCGGACCUGAAGUAACUGGACAUGGACCUGCCAUUCCUGUAGGAGGACAUGUAGGAAGCGCGGUCCAUCAGAGUCCUGCUGUAGGACAUGUUGGUGGACAAGUUCAUGCCAGUGGAUUCGCAAGUGGAAGUCCCGUUGGGGGCCAGCCUGUAAUCCCAGGAGCAGUUGACAUUCGCUACAGUGGACCUGGUGCCCAACACAACGCACUUGCUGGGAUUGGGCCAGAUGAAGCAGCACUCAUCAUCAAGGGAUCUUUCGAUUUUGGCCAUGACGACAUUAAAAGCAGCCACUCUGCUUCCGGAGCCUUUCAUGGUGCGCAUGCUGGAGGUUUUGGUGGUGCAAGUGACCAUGAAUCUUCUGAGGAAGACCAUGAAAGUGACAUAGUCGUCGGCAGUGAAUAUAGCGGACCCGUUGGAGGACAUUUCAAUGAGAAUCCUGCUGGCGAGGAACACAGUCUUCUUGGGGGUGCCAUCGGAAGUGGACACGCUCUUUCUGGAGGCCAUGUAGCAGUUGGACACGCUCUUAUUGGUGGCAUUGGAGGUGGACACGCUGUUUCUGGAGGCCAGUUUGGAGGUGGACACGCUGUUUCUGGAGGCCAUAUUGGAAGUGGACACGCUGUUUCUGGAGGACAGGUAGCAGUUGGACACGCUCUUACUGGUGGCAUUGGAGGUGGACACGCUGUUUCUGGAGGCCAGUUUGGAGGUGGACACGCUGUUUCUGGAGGCCAGUUUGGAGGAGGACACGCUAUUUCUGGAGGCCAGUUUGGAGGAGGACACGCUGUUUCUGGAGGCCAGGUAGCAGUUGGACACCCUCUUACUGGUGGUAUUGGAGGACACGCAGUUUCUGGAGGCCAGGUAGCAGGAGGCUCCAUUGCAGGUGCAUAUGCCGCCUCUGGAGGUCAAAUCGGAGGUGAACAUGCCGUUUCUGGAGGUCAGUUUGGAGGAGGACACGCUGUUUCUGGAGGCCAUGUAGCAGUUGGACAUGCUCUUACUGGUGAUAAUGGAGGUGGACACGCUGUUUCUGGAGGCCAGUUUGGAGGUGGACAUGCCGUUUCUGCUGGCCAAAUUGACAGUGUUACUGUAAGCCAUGCUGGUGGUGGACAUGCUGUUCCUGGACCUGUCCUUUCUGGAGGCUCCAUUGCAGGUGGACACGUUCUUUCUGAAGGCGCCAUUGGAGGCGGGUAUUCCACGGGCAGCUCAUUUGGGGACACACAUGCUUCUUCUGGAAGCUCAGUUGGUGUAGCUGUUUCAACAAAUGGAAUUGCGAACGGUUUUGACAUUCGUGGCAGUUCUCUCCCUGGAACUCCAUUGGAUGCCAAAUUCCAUACUGUCACUGCUCUUAGACCAAGCGGAGGUGAUGCUUUUGGAACCUCGCAUGGAGCACCGGCUGAUAUUCAUAGUGCUGGUGGCUUACAUGGAGGACAUGGAGACGAACACAGCAUACAGCAUAAUGUAGGGGCUGCCUUUGAGGGAGCCAGUUACAGUGGUCCUGCAGCUGAUCGCACUCCUCAGUUCGCCAACCUGCAUUCCUUCGGAGGGGGACAUGUCGCAAAAGGAAAUGCCGCUAGCGUGGUUUCCUUAGGGCACCAAGGAUCCAUUGUUGAUGAUCAUACCGCCCCUCUUACUGUAGGACAUGGUUCCUCAGUCGUGGGAAGUCAUGCAGCUACUGUAGUUGCGGGACACAAACCAUCGGCUGGAGUUGGACGAGGACCUUUCCUAGGAAGUCCAGUCAAAGGACCUGCAAACCGGCAUGGAGCCCUAGGUGGCCAUCACGGUGGAGCGACUGCCACUGUCAGCUUUAACUUCGGCGCUCCUCUUAGCAAGCAACCAUUGCUUCCGAAGGGGAGUCACGCUGGGAUUGGCAUAGACGGCUCUGGAGGCGUGAGGAGCAGCCAUAGCGGUUCUGUCGGCGGUUAUGCUUAG